CUUGUUUGUAGACAGUUUCUGGUCAGUCGUGUGUGUCCAUGGGGUAACUCAGCAUGCUUUCUGAUGCUGUUUAGUUAUUCUAGAAUUGCCCACAGCAUUUUCAAAUUGUUUUUCAAUCGAAAAUUAUUCGUUUCGUUGCUUUUGGAGCCCUAGAGUUUUCAAACAAUAUUUUCCAAGGAGGCCAUUCGUCGGUCACCCUUUCCCAUCACUGAACGAUAAACGAACAAAAAAUGCUAACUGAAAUUCUGGUAGCAGUCAUACUCUUUGCCCUGCUCAUCAAAGCAUCCAUUCGACCGUCUAAUUUCCCACCGGGACCUAGAGGACUGCCUUUGGCGGGUUACAUCCCAUUCCUAUCGAAACUUGAUCCGGAAUAUCCUCAUCUGGGACUCAAAAAGUUAGCCGAUCAAUACGGACCAGUAACGGGCUUCUAUUUAGGACCCAGUCAGCCGUUCAUUUCCGUCUGUGGAUACGAAGCUAUCAAAGAAGCUCUAUACAAUGAUGAUCUGGCUGGGCGACCUAACAAUGCAGCUAGAAGGGAACGAACUUUUGGUCAACGCCUCGGAAUUGUGCAUAAUGACGGGCCAGAAUGGCAAGAACAACGGAGAUUUGCUCUACGUCAUUUAAAAGAUCUAGGUUUUGGGAAAACUUCGUCCGAGGGGUUGAUUCAUGAAGAAAUUGAUGACUUAAUGGAUGAAAUACGUUUGCAAUCAGCACGUAAUCAGCCGGUGGAUUUCAGAGGCAUGUUCAACUUGUCGCUAAUUAACAUUUUGUGGGCGUUGAUUGGAGGGGAACGGUUCAAAAGGGAUGAUGUUCGACUCGCCCACCUCCUCGAAAUUGUCGACAGUUUCAUCCACAGUGCAAACUUUACGCGGGCUAAUAUUCCAGUUCCGGCAAUUUUUCUACGCCUAUUCCCGUCUAUGACGAGGAACUUCCUAGGAUUACGUAACGAUCUUUUUUCGCCGCUUCAAGAUUUUAUUCGGGAUAGAAUUCAGGAGCAUGUCACGGAUCGAUCAGAUGAUGAACCGAGAGAUUUUAUUGACGUCUAUCUGCAAGAAAUGACGAAGCGUCAAUCCGAAGGAGAUUCUUCAUUCCACGAGAACCAGUUGAUAGGAGUUAUUAUUGAUUUAUUUAUCGCCGGAGCCGAAACGACGAGCGGUUCUAUCGGUUUCGCCCUUUUGUACCUUUUACAUCAUCCAGAAAUCCAGCUAAAAAUUCAAAAAGAACUCGAUCAAGUUUGUGGUGAUUCUCUACCUCAAUUGGCCCAUCGUUCCAGUUUGGUGUAUACGGAAGCCGCCCUGAUGGAAGCACAGCGUCUUGCAAACAUCACUCCGCUGGCUGUAGCGCACAAAGCUUUAAGGGACACUCAUCUCCAUGGCUAUUCUAUUCCUAAGGAAAGCGUCGUAACAUUGAAUCUGUUUACGGUUCACCAUGACAACGAAUUUUGGAAGGAACCGGAAAUUUUCCAUCCUGAGAGGCACCUGACUCCAGACGGCAGGAAAUUAAUCAAAACUGAUCACCUUUUACCGUUCAGUGCUGGCAAAAGGGCUUGUUUAGGAGAACCCUUGGCUCGUAAUACGUAUUUCUUGUUUAUGAGUUGCUUGCUAAAAGCGUUCGAAUUCCGGCCUAUCCCUGAUCGCCCUCUACCAACACUCAAACCAAAAAAUGGUUUGACAUUAGGCUACGAUGGAUUUGAAGCCAUUGUUACUUCAAGAACUUGAAAAAUCUCAUUAUUUUUCUACAAUGACAUUUUUUUUAGAAAUUAACCUGUUUUUAUUAAUGCGUAGAAUUUCAUAGAAAAUAAAGAUUGUAUUGGACAA